GCUGAGGGUGGGGACAGGAAAAGAAUGCAGAGAGCCUCCGCGCUCGCGGCCGUGUGCUGGCAGACCCCGUUCCGCAAAAGCCGUGCUCGACCGUCGGGUGCACAUGCCCUCGGAGAAGCGUGUCCUGCGCUGUCAUUUCGUCGGGUCUGGAUCUCAUCUGGUUCGCUAGUUAGAGAACUGAAGGAACCCCGUGUUUUAAUGGAUAAUUGUCUUCCCGUUGUGCUCGGCACAGCUCUUUUUCCAGCCACUCUGUCGUGGUAAAAGACUAAGGAAUAAAAGUUGUGUAACGCUCAUCGCGUUGUGCAAGCGCCUUGACUUUGGAAGGAUCCUGCACUAUUUGAGCGGGUUCUUUGUCCUUGUAACACAGCAACUUUACACCCACAGUCGCGUAUGCUGGAGCAAUUUUAGCUGGAAAACCGGGAAGAUACGUCAAAGGAUCCCCUGUAAUUAUUUUUGGUGGAAUUGGCUAUGUUUGUGGAUUAUACCAUUGAUGUGCACAUGAAGGAUCGACAGAUUUAUUUUGUAUUGGUGUCAUUUAUCGACAAAUUAGAGAGCUGCAUAAAAGACUCAUACUUACGGUGCAGGGUUCUGAUGAAAGAACAUCUUCACACCAUAUGAAGAUAUCGGUGAUGUUGCUGCCAAUACAAAUGCGAGACCAGACAAAAGUGGGUGUGGAGGUUCUUUGGAAGGAGGAGUAGAGUUAAGUCACCUGUCCUGGAAACAGAAUAAGGACUGAGAUUGCUUUGACCUAUCCAAACUACCUGCACACCAGAAUAAUCGCAGCAAAAGCUGCUCCGUUAGUCAGGGAAGACACCUGUGCUUCUGGGACUGGCUCUUGUGUGUGUGGGACUGCGCUCGCCAUGUUUUCUCCGACUGCCUUGCCACCCCCUCCGCUCUUGACAGGAAGUGCUCUAGCUGUGGCAGGUGCACCGCCAGCAGCUCCCUAUACAGAGCAAGACCUGUUGCGUCAGGAGCUGAACUCGCGCUUCCUGGCCUCUCAGGGCAUGGACCGAAGAACAGCACUGACGCCACCCGCCUACCUACGCACCGAGUUCCACCAGCACCAACACACGCACCAGCACACGCACCAGCACACCUUCACGCCAUACCCCCACCCGGGCAUCCUGCCAGGCCCUGCCGUGCCCCUGUUUGACAAAUACCCACCAAAAGUGGACAGCUUCCACAGGCACAGUCUGUUUCACCCCUACCCAUCCGGGAUGCCCGGGCUGGCUCCAGUACUGCCUCCAGCGGGAAUGUUCGGCUCUUUGCAGGGAGCCUUUCAGCCCAAGGCCCAUAAUCCUCUAGACGUAGUCUCCAGACCUGGAACAAUGCCCCGCCCACUCCUACAGAAAGAAUCUAGAUUUCUGGACUCAGUGUGCCCCACACCUAAGAAACCAGGGAAAUGGUGUGCCAUGCAUGUUCACAUAGCAUGGCAAGUUUACCACCAUCAGCAAAAAAUAAAGAAGCAGAUACAGAUCGAGCCACAUAAGCUGGACUUUGGGCUGAAGCCAGACCUCCUGAGUCGUCCCCUUGGUUCAGGCUUCAUAGGGCUGGUCCCACAGCCGCGUGACUUACCGCGCCCUUCCACCAUCUUCUCCACUGCUGGUCCCGCCCACCCCAUGGUCUCUCCUUAUGGCCACAUGCCCCAUGCCCACACCAACGUCCACACUCCUCCUGCUCAUCAUGAGUCUCUCAAUAAGCCACCUGCUUUUGGGGGUUUGGGAACACUGAGUUCCACGGCAUUUGGAGGACUUGGUAACCCAUCGCUGACUCCAGGUUCUACACAAGUGAGUAAAGACCAUAAAGGAGCAGCAGUGGGGACUCAGGAGACCUGGAACAGACUGCAUCAGACACCCUCCUCCUUUCCUACACCACCUGUAUGGCCCCGAGGCCCUGACACCGAAAAGGCUUCAUCCACACUGGAAAGAACGACAGACAAAAGAGACAAAGAACAACAUGAAAGGGACACAAAGGAGAAAUUAAACGGGACACGCCCGUCGCCUGCUAACACUAGUCCACGGGGUCACAAGCAGAUGGUAGAGCCAGCUAGAGGCAUGUCCCCAGAGCCGAAAGACAAGGAACGAGGCAGAGUGCAAGAGCAGGAUCCUCCCAGUCAGAGUGCGGAACCAGAGGACCAGAAGCACAAAGAGAGCCAGCAGGAGAGGAGAGAGAAGGCAGGGAAGCACGACCAGCGCCAUGAGGAGAAGCCCAGUGCUGAGGAGACUCUGUCGCCAAAACACCAGAGAUCAGAGGUGGAGAGGCGUGGUGGCGAGGGGUCACACUGGGAGCCGGAUGCAAAGAGGAGCAGAGUGGAGACUGAGCCCGAAGCAAGGAACAGCCAGGUGAAGGUAAAGGAGGAGAAGAGGGAGGACCAGGAGGCCUCCGAAGUCAAGCCUCUUCCCAAGGCCUUGGAGAAACUGCAGCCAGGCCCCAGGACCACAGCCACACAUCCGUCAUCCCUGCUGUCCAUGCCUGUGUCUGUAGGAGUUGCAGCAGUUCCCCACAGCCUCGACAGGACUCGUCUGGUGUCGCCCUUCAUGGGGACAAGCAUGCUUUCGGGCGGUGAGAGGCUGCCCUACCCUGCCCAGCACUGGGAUCCAAUGCGGAGUCUGUACAGGGCUCUGGACCUCCCUCCCAAGGACCCACUUCCCAAGGAGCUUCUGCUAAGGGCCGAUCCUUUGCAGCGCGCCCACAUGGGGGCGCCCAUGUUCCCACGGGAGGCCCUCCUCCACCCAAUGGCCCUGGAACAGCAGAGGAGCCAACAGGAGGAGCGUCAGCGUCUGGUGUUGCUGCGAGAGGAGAACGAGAGGAGUCGUCUUCUAGCGCUGCACCACGCCACUCUGGAGCCCCACCUAGCGCACCCAGGGCUCCUGCCCACCGCUUACCCCGGCCCCCUCCUCCCCCGCCUGGGGCUGCCGCACCCACCGCCCUACGGCCCGCUUGGCAAGACUCUGUCCGCUGCUGGCUACAUACACACAGCUCCGCCCCCCCUACUGCCAGCUCUCCUGCCGCGGAUGGGCUCUCCCAGACAGACUUCCUCCAUGGUGGACAGGCAGGACAGAGCCAUUGCCCGCCCUGGCAGAGAGGGGGAGGCACCAUGAGCCGGACAGAGGCAGAGCCAAGCACUUCAUGUCUGACCAGUGUACAGUGUUGGGAUGUACAGGGGUGAAAUUAGUCUGGGCCAUUUUGUGGAUGCAGAUUAAGUCUAGUCUUUCAUUAAAGCGUUGUUUCGAAGAGGAGUUUUAAAUGUUUUUUUUUUUCUUCAACCUCUAGGCUUAAUCAAUAAUUGGGGAAACUGGCCCUUUACUUUUUUUGUGGAGAAAAAAAAAAAAAAAA